GGGGCGCUGUGAAGCUAGCGGUUAGCUGUUGAGCCGGUUUAAAGUCUGCCUAGUCUGCUCGUAAACGUUUCAUUUAUGUCUAAUUUGACCUCUAAAUAUUUCAGGAAAAUGGUUUAUUCCGACGUUGAUCAGUUUUAUGUGAGCUAGAGUCAUGAAAUAUCUUCAGUUUUAAUAUAAUUUAGCUAAAUGUAAUAACCUAGCUGCUAAAUUAGCUCUUCUGCUGUCAACUGAGGCAACUUAAACUUUCAGGAUUUUUAUGUAAAUAGGCCGAACCGAACUGAACCGGGUCAAGCUCUUACCUUCAGUGAGGGACCAAGACGACAACGAUGAUGAUCUCUCAGCUCUUCAUCUUGUCCUCCAAGGGCGACCACCUCAUCUACAAGGACUAUCGUGGAGAGGCAGGAAGUGAUGUCAUCGACGUUUUCUAUGAGAAGGUCACAGCGCUGACGGGAGACCAGCCACCUGUUGUCAUGAGCCAUAAAGACCUCCACUUCGUCCACAUCAGGCAGGGCGGUCUCUACUGGGUUGCCACGACGACAGCUGACUCCUCUCCAUUCAGCAUCAUCGAGUUCCUGAACAGGCUCAGCGGUCUGGUGAAGGAUUACUGCGGCAGCCUGUCAGAGAAGGCCAUUCAGAUGAACUUCGCCCUGAUCUACGAACUGCUGGACGAGGUGCUGGACUACGGCUACGUUCAGACGACAUCAUCAGACAUCCUGAAGAACUUCAUCCAAUCAGAGGCCGUCUCCUCCAAACCCUUCAGCCUCUUCGACCUCAGCAACGUGGGGCUGUUUGGAGCGGAAACCCAGCAGAAUAAAGUUGCUCCCAGUUCUGCUGCCACCAGACCAAUCCAGUCCAGCAGAGACCCGGGAGGGAAGAGCGAGAUCUUUGUGGACGUGAUCGAGAAGAUGUCGGUGGUGAUCGGCUCCAACGGGGUUCUGAUGAAGGCUGACAUUGAGGGAGAAAUCCGAGUCAAGUGCUACAUGCCGAGCUGCUCCGAGAUGCGGAUCGGUCUGAACGAGGAGUUCAGUGUGGGGAAGUCCCAGCUCCGAGGUUACGGCGCCGCUGUCCGGGUCGAUGAGUGCAGCUUCCACCAGUCGGUCCAGCUGGACGAGUUCCAGAGCCACCGGAUCCUUAGACUGUGUCCCAGCCAGGGAGAGCACACGGUGAUGCAGUACCGGCUGAGUGACGAGCUGCCGUCGGCGCCGCCGUUCCGCCUCUUCCCCAGUGUGGAGAGGGACUCAGCAGGACGGCUGCUGAUGUACCUGAAGCUGCGUUGCGACCUUCCGCCCAAAAGCACCGCCAUCAACCUCAGUGCCUCCAUCCCGGUUCCUAGAGGCUCUGUGAGUCUGUCCCAGGAGCUCAGCAGUCCAGAUCAGAGCGCGGAGCUGCAGCUGCAGAACAGAACCGUGUUCUGGAAAAUCCCGCGGUUAUGUGGAGGAACCCAGCUGUCCGCUCUGUUCAAGCUGGACGUUCCGGGUCUGAGCUCCGCCUCCAUGCUGGAGGUCGGUCCAGUCGGGCUCAGCUUCGAGCUGCCUAAGUGGACCGGAACCGGACUGCAGAUCCGCUUCCUGCGCCUGUCUCCCGUCCAUCCCGGCCCGUCUCAGCGCUGGGUCCGAUACGUCACGCACUCCGACUCCUAUAUCAUCCGGAUCUGACCCGGUUCUGAACCGGCUGGAGCUGGUCUGAAGCUCUGGAAAUUAAGUACUGUUAUACCUUUUAAAGCAGAACUCUGAGUCUAGAACCAGGAGGAAGUUCUGUGCUGAUUCAGCCCGAUCACGCUCACUGACCCAUUCCACUUCUGCUUCAGAACUUCCUGCUGAUAAUGAUUCACUAGCCGACCCGGACCAGCGCGGCGCUGAAGGUUAAACCCGGCUGCGGCCCGGCCCGACUCGCUGGGCUCGUCCUUUCCUCUGGGGUCCCACAGGAAGGAACGCGGUUCUGAUCCAGAACAGCGACAGGAAGCGGAGGAGGCUGCAGAGACAGCAGUAACCGGGUCGGCUCUGGACAUCCUGAUGGAAACAGUUCUGACAGGCCUGGUUCUGAGCAGCGGCUCCAGAACAUGUUGCUGCUCUGCUCCUGUUCAGGACAGAACCAGAAGCUGUCCAGAACUCCUCUGACCCGUCCUGAGGUGAUAGUUACUGCAGGAAAAGUUCUCCUUUGAGUUCUGUGAUUUGAAUAAGUUCUGAUUAGCACUUAUGCUAAUCAGCUAAUAGCAAAGCUAAUUUUAGGCUUAGCGCUAACUCUGAAGCUUCCCCUAAAUUAAUGUGGAUGGAUAAAUUCUGAAGCACUGAUUUCCUUGGAUGUUUUGUAAGAUUUCAGUUGAAUGAAGUUUGACAUCUGGGUUGAAGUUUUGGUUUUUGACUGUUAAAAAUCUUCAAAAAGUUAGACGUUAUAGUCAUGCUCUUAUUUUGAAGUCUGUUGACACAACAGCUCCGAUUCACCGCUCCACAGUGAACAGUUUAAAAUCUGCUGAAGUCCUGGUGCUUUCUGACCGAAGCCCUAAAGCGGUCAGUUUGGCUAAACUAGCAACAGAGUUAGCAACAACUGUGAAACUUAAACAUGGUAUAACUCACUGACACAUGGGGCAUAUCAAUAUGACUGAAUGUAGUGCUUUAGCAUUCACUUCUGCUAAUUACCAUGUUGGUCUAGAGCUUUAGCAUUAGCUUUGGUUGGAUUAUGAGUGGGCAUAGCGCUUUAGCAUUAGUUUCUGCUAAUUACUGUGUUGGUAUAGCUACUUAGCGAUAGCAGAACUAAAAUUUAUGAUUAGUGCUUUAGGGUUAGCACAGCUAGGUUUGUAGUUAGCGGUCCUACCACUGAGUUAAUGUCCUUACUCAGUGGGUCAUAGAAGCAUUCAUACAGGCUGACCUCUGACCUCUGGAGGGACCCGGACCUCCUUACCUGCUCUGUUAACAGAACUCUGAGAUGAUCCAGAUCCAUAACUGGAACAAUAACCGCAAUAUUAUUUUGAUCAGUUUCACUUCCUGCCAGAUGUUGAAAGCUUCCAGAUGUUUUUCCAUGAAGACUUCCAGCUGUGAGCCCAGCCUCUUCCUCCUCUCCCUCAGCCUCUGGGCCGUGUGCAGAGCCGACCGGAGCUCCUGCAGCUGAGUGGACAGGUUCUGCUGAUUAACAUCUCGUUCCACUCAGCGGACCGCAGGACGGAGCCGGGUUCUGCUGGGACUGGCUGGAACACGUCGGCACCAAGAGGAGCCCGGGCGGUUCUGGUCAGAACUCAAAGCCAGGAUCUGGACCCAGACUGAGGUUCUGGUCGGGACUCAGAACUAGAAUCUGGACCAGGAUCGAGGUUCUGGAGGAGCUUGAGUCAGUCCUGACCCAGAACCAGGAAGUUCUCAGUUUUGUUUUCAUGUUAAGAAUUCUUACUAAAUAUUAGCAUAAGCUAAAAACAAAACAACUUCCUUCUGAGUCCUCCUCUCUUCUUCUGCUGUAGAAAGGUUUUACAGCCUGAUGAACUUCGGACUUUCAUCAUAAUUAAUGUUCAUCAAUAAAUUAUGGAGGUUUGGUUUUGAUCUGGGAACCAGCUGGACCCGUCCAGCUAACCAGGGCCGGCCCAGUUUGGCUGGUUCUGACCUCAGAUAAGCAGAAGGAAACAGGUCAGCGCCGCAGACCUGCUGCCUCAGCUGUUCUGGGGAAACAACAACUUGCUGGACUGAACCGGUCCUGGGUCAGAAGAACCGGGUCCCGGUUCUGAGCCGGUCCCGGCUUGUGGAUAUUUUCUCUUUAAUAAAUGAGCUUUUAUGCUUCUGACUCAUUUAAAUGGUUUUAUUUUCAACUAUUUGUUUAUUUAUAUAUUUAUUUUUAACCGUUUUCCAGAAACUUGUCAGGAAGCUUCAGACUGAUCAUGUAAAAAACUAAAACAGCUGAGUGAGGAAGAAAUUAUGUUUGCAUAUUUGUGAAAAUAUUAUGAUUAAUAUUUGUUAUCUUUAUUCACAUAAUAAAGUUAGAGCCCGGGUCACCGGGCCAUUAACCGGUCCGGGUUCUGAUCUUCUGGUUCUGA